AACUACAACGCCGGUAAUAGCAACUACAACGGCGGUAGCAACAACUACAAUGCUGGUAGUAGCAGCUACAAUGCUGGUAGCAACGGUUACAACAGUGCUAACAACAACUACAACACCGGUAGCAACAACUACAAUGCUGGUAGUAGCAACUACAAUGCUGGUAGUAGCAGCUACAAUGCUGGUAGCAACGGUUACAACAGUGCUAACAACAACUACAACAACGGCGGUAGCAACAACUACAAUGCUGGUAGCAGCUAUAAUGCUGGUAGCAAUGGUUAUAGCACUGCUAGCAACAACUACAACGGCGGUAGCAAUGGUUACAACAGCGGUAGCAACAGCUACAACAACAACGGCUACGGUAACAACGGCUACGCCUACGGCUACAACAACGGACCAGUUGGAAACAACGACCAAUACAUGGAUGGUAUUUACUUCAACGGAGGCAACAUCUACGGCUCCAAUUAUGGCUCCAAAUAUAGUGGUCCAUCAAACUACGGCUCCAAUUACGGCUCUGCCUACAGUGGCCCAUCCAACUACGGCUCCAAUAGCUACAGCUCAAGUUCAUCCAACUACGGUUCAAACAGCGGGCCAUCCAACUACGGCUCCAACUACGGCUCCAACUACAACACUAGUCCAUCAAAUUACGGCUCCGGAUCCUACGGAAAGUCAUCUUCUGGCACUUCCUACUGAACAAACACCAGUGGUGUGUGACGCUAAUGUUGCGGUAUUCAAGACCAUGCACAGAGCGACAUCAAACCUUUCCUUGUUUUUAUUUCUUUUGACGUUGUUUAAGCAGAGUCGAUUCUG